AUAUGGGACUUAGUGGUUGUUGGUGUGUGUUUAAACCGUGACAGAUACUUAGUUACCAAACUGCCUCUUCGUUCUUUCUGUAUUAGCUACAAUUCAAACCUCUUCCCAAACGGUCCACAAGCGCUAGGUUAGCUUGCGUUACCGUUUUAAGAUCGAGCGAUUGCUAGUUAACUAAUUAGGUGUUGUUGAAGUGUAACGCCAAGCAAGACCAACGCCGGUGUAAUGUUGCAGUAUAAAAUUUAUAGCUGGUUUUCUGACCACUCUUUCGAUACUGGAAUUGUCCUGUUGUCGAAGUCGGCUGACAUUUAGCCGUUUUUUAAAUCAAAAUAUAUAUUUAUAUUAAACAAAUUAAUAGGCCUGGCUUAUAAGUACGUUAACUUGUACAACAUGACUUCAAACAUUAUACGACCUAGAUCCAUAAAAGCAGCUUGUUAUUUUUAAAAAAUCUCAACUUUCCGAGCUGCUUUAUGGUGCUUGCUAUCACUUUACUCUGAAUUGUACAUUUUUUGUAAGGUAAGAACGCAGAAACUACAAUUGACCCAGUUAAAGUUGACACUCAGCUUAGAAGAGGUGUUGUUUGGUCAACAAAAGCGGAACUAAGAGGGAACUGAAGAAGACUUUUGGAUGAGAGACUCAAGAACCACUCUAUGUAAGAUGAACGCUGAGGACAAGUUGGAUGGUAUGCUGCUGAAGUGCAGCAGUGGAGGAAUAGAUGGAGGAGGGAGAGUUGGGCUCACUAGUGGAGGAGGACUGGUAGUGAUGACCCUGGGGGAGCGAGCAUUGGUGAACCACCCUCUCUUGGCUGGGGAUGAUGACGAUGAAGACGAUGAUGAGGACUUGACUCGGAGCUCACUGGUUACUCACGACCUGGUCCCUCCGGAACAGCUGAUGAUGCAGGAGGAGAUGACCAAGAAUGGUGGAGGAGGAGAAGAGGAGGGAGGAGGCGAGGUGGGAGUGCAUUUCCCCCUAAAACUGACCAAUAAGUUGCCCUGCUUGCUUCAUAUGCCAUUAAGCAUCAAGCAGGAACUGAAACUAUCUGAGCCAGCAGUCCAGCUAAAGAAGGACAAAAAAGCAGUUAAGGACCUGAUGGUGUGUCCCAAGAAGAAGAAGAGGAAGCAGCGAUCACCAGCAAAGAUUCUCAGCAUCAAUGACGACAGAUCACUGGGCAUACAAAGUCCCAAGUGUCACAUCUGUGUUCACUGCAAUGCUGCAUUCAGAACCAACUAUCAUCUGCAGAGGCACGUCUUCAUUCACACUGGUGAGAAGCCAUUUCAGUGCAGCCAGUGUGACAUGCGCUUCAUUCAGAAAUAUCUUCUCCAGAGACAUGAGAAGAUCCACACUGGUGAAAAACCUUUUCGCUGUGAUGAGUGUGGGAUGAGGUUCAUCCAGAAGUAUCACAUGGAGAGACACAAGAGAACUCACAGUGGAGAAAAGCCCUACCAGUGUGACUACUGUCACCAGUACUUCUCCAGAACAGACCGGGUUUUAAAGCACAGGCGAAUGUGUCAUGAGAAUAGAGAAAGAAAGACCAGCAAGGCUGCCGGGAAAGUUGGACCUUUGCGUGAAGCAGAUUCUUUAGGCCUCCCCUUUCUUGCCAAAGAGUGUUCACUGCCCAAGAAGAAGCGCCAGAAGUGUGCAGACAAGAGUUCAGGUGCUCCCACCGCUGCCCAGACAGAAGGGCACACUGUCGCUGUCGUAGAGACAGAAGAGAAGGAGGAGCAGAGACAGAAUAACAUUGAAGGUCUACCUCUCUAUGCUGUGUCCUCCAAAGUCAAACACGAGUAUGUCAUUGCAGACUACUCUGUGGAACUUCCUGAAGAAACUGCUAGUCAGCACCAAGAAGGAGAAGUGUCCUCAGAGGAGACAACUCCUCCUAAGCUAGUCCUAAAGAAGGUCCCCAAGAGGAGUCUUAAACAGUCCAGUGAAAAAACUCCCCCCUGCCUGUCCACAUUGUCUUCCUUUGAGGAAAAUAGUAAGGUCACGCAGUAUACCUUCGAAAUCGUGGACAAGCAAGGCCUGUUAGAAGUAGAAAGCAACAAUGAACUUGAGUCAGUUGAGACUCUUCAAGGAGGACCAGCAAAGCCAGCAGCCAGCAGCACAAACUACGACGACGCCAUGCAGUUUCUCAAGAAGAAGCGUUACCUUCAGGCAGCGAUGGCCAACAACAGUCGGGAUUAUGGCCUGAACACGAGCAGCAUCUCUUCUCAGCCGUCUGUUACGCAAACUGUGGUGUCAACCGUCAUCGACGAAACUGUCCCUGCCACCAUUCUGGAGCCCCAGCCAAUCAGCACAGACAUUAAGGCAACUCAUGACAAGAAUGUGCUGCCAGAUGAAGUUCUUCAAACGCUGUUGGAUCACUACUCCAACAAAGCUAAUGGGCAGUCAGACAUUUCUUUUAGCGUGGCCGACACAGAGGUGACAUCAAGCAUAUCCAUUAAUUCCUCUGAUGUUUCAGACAGCAGCCCAGUGGAGAGUCUUGGGGCCUCUAGCGCCCAGGCUCAGCCAGCUACUGAGAAGGUCAGCCUCUUGCAAGAAUACUCCAAGUUUCUCCAGCAAGCUCUGGAGAGGACCAGCCAGAACGACAGUUACCUGACCAGCCAGAGCCUCAGCUUGGUCUCCGAAAACCCCACAUUAGCUGGACAGCCCCUGUUCUCCACAGAGAAACAGUUUCCUUCCCCCAGCAGGUUCAAAUCAGGGAUGAGCUCUCCGCUAAGGUCCACUUUAGAGAAACCUCACUUUGGAUUACUGGUCGGGGACUCCCAGCACUCGUUUUCAUUUUCAGGUGAUGAGACCACCCCUCCCUCCGCAGUGUCCCCAGCUGAGGAGGACUUUCUGGAGCAGGUCUCACCCUCCAAAAAGACAGACUCUUCGCAGGGAAUACUGCAGACUUUUCAAAUAAGCUCCUUCGAUCAGAACUUCAAAUCUCAUUUCCAGACAUCAAGAUCUGGAUCCUCCUCGCAGUUUACUGUUGCCAACGGACAAGUAAGUCUUCGAGGACACAGCACAGACUUCUCAGAGUUCCCCUUAGUCAGAGUCACUGAGAGCAGGUCUCAACUGAACUCCUCCCCUGAUGUUUCAUCCAGUGAAACCUUUGGCUGAAGGGAAGGGGGUCAGAAUACAUUUCUGUUAAUAAUUUCAGCUGCACUUUAUCUCAUGUCUCCUGUUUUGCCAAAACAAGCCCCAUUGCAACUAUGUGCUCUUUCUCAAAGCAUUUUGUUAGAAAACUUACUCAUAUUGUGUGUUUUUUGUUUUUUUUUGUUUUUUUUGCUAAGUGCAUCCUCAAAGAAUGGAAGUACUAAAAAUUGAUAAAUCAGAAUUAGCAUUUCCCCUUUAAAAAAAGGAAAUUGUAAUUGUGUAUUUCUUGCUCCAGAAUGUACAUUAAGAGAUUAGGUGACCAAAGCAUAAAGCAAGAGGUAGAGUGAAAUGUUCUCUCAUGCCAUUGCCAUAGAGUUUAUUUUGAAUGUUUUUGUCAGUCAGUUUGCCUUGCUCAAAAAGAUGAUCAAAUCACUCUUGCUGCUUAAUGCAAUAUUUCCACUUAUUAAAAUGUAGGCCCUAUUUAUGAAUGCCUUUUUGCUCUCUCUGUGGCUGCCUCCCCCUCCCCUUGCUUUUCCUGUGGUUAAAUGUAAGAUCAGUCGCAGAGCCUUUUUAUUUCAGCUGUGCAACUCCUGUUCAAUUGCUCACUAAAAUGAAACCAUGGUUAGAUCAUAACUGAUUCUUCACUAUAUGUUGUCAUAUGUUAUGUCACUUUAAUCUUACAUGAAAUGGGUGUUUCUGCAAGAUAUGUGUAAUGAAUGCUACAGGAAAGAUUUGACUGAUGGUGUUUGUCUGAUCUGCAAUCUGGAAGUUUAUUUUCCAUUGACAGAUUGGGCCUAAUUUGGUUGCUGUGAUGGUCAAAAAAAAAGAGGAAAUUAUAGCUCUCAUUCAUAAAUUGUUUGACAUUGUGUGGGUUAAUGAAUUCCCAACAUGGCUGGAUCUCUCUGCACUGAUUUUCACAAAUGUGACUAGUGCAGUAUAGGCUGCGUAAUGAAAAAGGCUGGGCUGUAUUAGAUUUUAAAGUCCCCCACCCCACCAAAAAAAAAAUAAUAAUUGGGUAUCGGACGGCUGCACUCAUGUAAUGACUGUAGGAUAAUUCUUAUUUUAUUUUAGUAGUAUAAGUGAGUUGUAGCGAAAUUAUUUAACAGGACUGUGCUUAAUGUUUGCACAACUUGCACAUUAUUCACUACAAGGAAUGUAGUAGUUACUUUCAGAGUGGUGGAGUUGCAUAAUACCUUUACCUAAAAGGCAAUUUUUUGUUAAAUGAGAUUUCUGACACUGACCACUUAGUGAAAACCCUCAUGUCAGAUUUGGUUUAUAUGAAAUUAGAGAUGAGCCUCUUUGCUUUAGUCACUUGUAAUGAUGUAGCUCUUGUAGCUGCAGUUUAAUUGUUUAUUUGUCCAACUUGGAGCAUGCACAUGUAGUAGGGGAACAAAAUAACCACGAUGAGAACCCUUUGUUUUCACUGAAGGUCAGGGUUUUAUUAAGGCUGUAUUAUGAAAUACAUUGUACACGUGGAAAUAAGGUGCUUGGUUUUAAUGUUUCAUUAGUUUUGCAUCUAUGCCUUUCUUUUUUUUUUUUGUAAUUCCAGCCUUUCCUAUACUCAUUCCUUUUAUGUAUAUUUCUUUUUACUCAGCCAAUGCUCUAAGGCUACUAAUUCAACUUGCACAAUAACAGUAAAAACAUAAGCUAUCAACUUAUUCAGUCUGUAACAUGUUGAGAUCUGGGAGCUUCAUCUGAUUUUGCCAUCAUAUUUGAUUAUUUUCAAAUUUAAGAAAGAAAUAGCACCAAGUUUAAUUCUCAAACUAUUAUCUGUGGUUGGAGGGAAUUUGCAUUUUUAUGUACCAUGUUGCAGUAUGUCUAUAUGAGUACAGAAUCAUGUUUUAGGUAUUUGUAGUUUUGAUAUAACCAUCACCCAUUUGCUAGAAUUCGGUAGUGAGCCACAUCUGUUUAGGCCUUGUUGAAACCAUUUGGUUUUAAAUGGUUGAAUGAGGUCUGUACCUUAUCACACUGUUGACAGUUUUCUGUGUGUACAUGCAUGUGUAUCGUCUUAGGUGCUAUUGUGUUGAACACUGUUUUUGUGUGCGCCAUCAAAUUUAGGUUUUCCUCCCCCUAAGCUCCCUCUUGUUACAUUUCUACUGACAAUCAGGGACAGACAGCACCCACACGAAUCAUCAAAUACUUUAUUUCUCCUCAUUGAACAUUCCCUCUAGAAUGUAUAGACGAUAUCCUGCUGUAAAUACAUUGUAUAUUUUUAUGUUCUGAGAAGUACUGUUAGAUAUCUGUGUCAGUAGAGAGACAAGGCUUGUGCAAGAGACACUUUUUGUCAGUGGAAGGCACAUUUAUUUGUUUUCCAGCAUUGUAAGUUAAUGCAGUUGAUGUGCAUUAGGAUGGGUUUUACUGUGUACACCUGUAACAAAAAGCCCCCAGAAACUUUCUGAGUUUCAGAAAGAAUAAUCCACCUGAAAUCAGUCUUUUUUUUAUUUUAUUUUAUUUUUUUUUAAACAAGUAUUUAACCACAGCAGCUUGAAUUCACGUCAGUUUGAAUAGGUUUCGGGUGGAAUAUUACCUAAAAAUAUUGGUCCUGUGGUUGAAAUAUUCCUCUAUCUACCCGUUUCAUUGUAAGCAAUUUUUAAAAGCACAGUGCAGAUGAGUAUUUCUGCUUUGGUAAAUUGUAUCCCAUAAAUUUUUCAUGGAGAGUUUUGAAUUCAGUCAAGCAAUUUAAAAUGCAAAACUGUUGGAGAUUCAUGAAUUAUAUGAGCAGUACUAUGGUAUUUUUUCCUUUUAAUUAACUAUCGUCAGUAACCUGGCCAUAAGUGUCCUUGUAUAAGCUAGAGAAAAAAAAAGUUUGUUUUGUGUAAAAAGAUCUGAAUUAUGAAUUUUUUGAUAAAAACUAUUUUUGAAACAUGUCAUUUAAGGCACUGAUAUGUACAGUAUAUCAUAUGCAGUCACUAUUGCUACCCUCAUUUAUCUCUGUACAAGUCGUUUGUGUCAAGGUGUUUCAAAUACGGAUGGGAAUCUCCUUCUUGGUUGUGAACUUUGACUGGCAUUUUCAUACUUUUAAUGAACUUGACGAGGAAGCCUCACUGCGCCACUGUGGGGUUUGAUCUUAAGUUAGACAGUAAGGUUUAUUUGCAUGGUCUCUAACUUGUUGGGUCGAGUGAACGUGUUUUAUAAAUAAUGUGCAGCUUUAAUUGUAGCUGAUUAAUUUCAGUCAAGUAACCCAUAUGAUUAGAAUUUUUGCAAUAUAUUAUGAUUUGUAAACAAUCAGAUUAAAUUGUUGUUUUGGUUGUUGUGUGUCAUGUCCUUAUAAAUAAAAUGAUUCACAGUA